AGGGAUCAGGAUAGGUGUAGAGGUAGAGGAAUAGAUACGAAGUCAAGCGAGUCAAGCCACAAAGGGAGCAAAAGCAAAAUUUGAUGACCAUCGAGGAAGCAUAACUGGCACAGCACGCAUCUUUCACGAGCUGCGAUUGCAUUCGACGUCGUGAUCCAGACAAGCGGUACCUGCUGCAUCGAAUCGCUCAGCAGCGGACUGUAGCUUGAAACUCCCUGCCCGACGCAUCACCGUGACUCACCGGAAGGACUUCAAUCUUUCAGGUCUAGAAGUCCGAAACGAGAAGCCAACCUCCCUCCGCGGAAACGAGAAAUAAAGCUGAAACCACACCCGAACCUGCAGCACUGAUUCUUGCCCUGUGCUGACGAGAAGGGGGUCGGACCAGUGACAAGAAUUCCAGCUUCCGACGCUCCACCGCUUGGUUUUGUUUCACUUACAGCACAAACGCCACAAGGAAGUAGCGGGUCCAGCAGUUUUACUGGGCAGUGAUCGCAUCAUCUUCCUGCCGCACCAAGGCACAAUAACACCACACUCGCCGGCGCACCGCCCAAGAUGAACCAAUCACGGGGAAACGCGACCUCCGUGUCGUCCCGGCACGGGGGCAACAAGGCGACGCUGAAAUCAACCCUGCCAAAUCAAAAGGUGCUCGACAAGCAGGAGGUGCUGCAAUUGAGGAAGUACCAGAGGGGGUUGAAGGACCUUGAGGUAAGUAUUGAGAUACAACAGCGACGCAUUUCCGGUUUUUGAUUGAGUCCCAGUUCUCUGUGGAUUUUCAUUUUGUGAUGCGAUGAGCCCGAGCUCGAGAUACCGACUCUUUGACUAAAACUUCUCAGGAUGAGCGCACCAACGGGAUGAUGGAGCAGAUUGAGCUGAUGAAGGAGGCGUUUGUACUUGCAAAAAAGAAACGCGAAUGGCUGGCCAAAUUGUACAAGGAAAGGAGAGAGGACAUUUUGCGACAGCUGUCAGAAAUGCGGAAGGAAAUAGAGGUCACGUUUGCCCGGUUGCACAAAGAGUUGAAGGAUUUCGCGGCAGACUGGAUGGCGACAAAAGAGGUAAGUACUUACUUCCACCAAAGAUCGGUCUUGAUAUCGAGACUGAUGUUGGUGCAUUUCUAUUCGCGCGUUGUGAAGUCCGCGUCGAACAAGUGGAAAUCUGUUGAAUCUAGCGGCCCUAAAUGCAAAUCAUUUUUAUCGCAGGACGCCGUGCAAGAGUGGGAGGACACGCUCGAGGAACGGAGUCAAGAAAUAGAAGAGUCCUUCCGCCAAAUACGAGCGAAGAAUGCAGUGUAUAAUUCUGUUUGCUAGGAUAUCAUUUGAGCGAGCAGGACGGUAAGGAGCUGGAAUGAAUGAGUGCUCUUGGAUUUUUGUGCUCUACAACUGCAUCGUUAUGCUCUCAACCUGUACCUGUUUGGCACAAAUUGAAAAUCAACAUAUCAAAACGCUUUCAGCGUCGACGCCGGCAUCGAUCAAGAGCGGGAGGAGCGCACGAUCGAAAUUGACGAGGCGGCGAAGUCGGUCCAGGACAAGCUCGCGGAGAUCCGCAGCAACCUCGCCGCCACCACGAAGGAGCGGCUGGAGGAGGAGAAGCGGUACGCAAAGGACUUCAAACAACAGUUCGAGCGGCUACACAGGAUACUGGGCCGGGAAACGGAGGCGCGGGAGGCGCAGUGCGUCGUCGACGUCAGGAGGUGUCUGGAUUCGUACGCGAACCUGCACUAUCAAAUGCAAAAAUGUCUGGGUCUGGAAGAAUCUAACUUGUCAUGCUAAAUCUGAAUCAUUCAAAAAUCUGUGUUGCAUGAUUACCAAAAGCUGGCCACUUUUGACCUAAUCGAGAGGCAGUUUCUCAUGCAGGAUAGGCAUGAUAGAACUCUCACAGAAUCUGUCAUGCUAUGUCCUACAUACCAGACCUCAUGGGUCAUGGAAAACCUGCAUGACAAGUCUGCAUUCUUCCAGACCCAGACAUUUUUGCAUUUGAUAUGCACAUCCAGGAAACCCAACUGGAAGAGGAGGUUAUCAAGGUUUACCAGGAGCUCAAUUUGGACCUCCAGGUGAGAAGGAGUUUUUUUGAAGAAGUUUUACAGUGUUUCAAAGUUUUUUCGCAUUCACUUUCAGUUUCAGAAAGGAAGCUACUGGGCGCGUACUAUCGGAUAGUACGCGCCCAGUGAACAUGUAUGAGCAGAAAUGCAAUAGCGUGUAGCUGUGCUAGAGUAGUUCUUCUGAUGAAAGAAGCGAAUUGCGCAGAGGACGUCCGAGGAAUAGUAAAUGUAAUCAAUUCAAUCAUUGCCAUUCUAUCAGGUCGAAGAAGCCGAGCGGAAGGCGUCGCAGAAGCAAAUCGUGCAAGAAGGGCAAAGUUUCCUGGAUCAGUUCCGGGAAAACCUGGAAGGCGACAUUGUCAAAAUCCGGGACCGCAACCAGAUACGGUUGGGCUUCAUGGAUUCGCCGCUCGGGAAAGGGCCGAGGGAGUAGACGAAAUUCUUCGUAGGGCCGCGGCGAAAGUGGUCUUCUUCCUCUUAGCGUCGUUGCUCAUUGCAGAACCACUGCUUGGGUCGUACCACGACCGCAUGAUGUGCAACCAGUAGUGUCCGAAGCAGGAGUUGAAGAUGCUGCGCACGACAACCCUUGACGCACCGGAGCGAGUGCUUCGCACGUCAUCUAUUUGUGUAGUGCACCAUCUCUACUAUAGCAGAACCAGAAGCCACAUGAAAAGUGAAAUCGUAGUCC